AGAAAUCCUCUCUCUGUUCAUGGCUAAUUUUCCUUUUCCAGGAAUAAAGGAGACACUCCUCAAAACUUAGUCAGCUGCAAGUUGGGUGGCUGGGAUAAAGCUAAACAGUUCAGAUUUCAGAUGCUGGAUAAAAUCCAGACGUGCCCCGAAGUGUCUCUUGUUUCCGUUCCUGAGAAGGAGAAGAAUUUUGCGGAUGAAAAUAUUAACUCAUUAGACAGCUGCAGGAAAAACAAAACCUAUCAGACAUUGGAGAGCAGUCUGGUGAACAACAGAGAAGCCUCUCCAGAUGACUAUGCCUGUAAAGGAGAAAAGGAGAAGAAUGUGUCACAGAAGCCCGAACCUGGUGGGCUCAUUCCUCCAGGUGGAAAAACCCUGAUCGUGGUUACCUGUGAUGCAAAGAAUUCUGGCCGCUGCAAGGAGCUCCUUCUGCUUUGCUUCUCCAAUUUCAUAAUCGGGCGAUUCCUUGAAGUGAACGUCGUAAGUGAGGAGGAAUCACUGAUAGCUGUCCGAGAACCCUUUUCAUGGAAGAAGUCUAAAAGUUCCCAAGUGUUAGCUUCCACCAAAACUACAGUUGUCAUGACCAUGCAGAAAAGGAACCUGAGACGACAGCUUCCGAGUUUUCUCCCGCAGUACCCGAUACCAGACAGGCUUAAAGAAUGCGUGGGGCAGAAAAUCGACAUCCUGACCUUUCAGCCGCUACUCGCAGAGCUUUUGAAUGUGUCAAAUCACAAGGAGAAGUUUUCAACUUUGCUCUGGCUUGAGGAGAUUCAUGCAGAAAUAGAACUGAAAGAGUAUAGUAUGAGUGGGGUCACCUUGAAAAGAAACGGGGACUUGCUGGUUCUGGAGGUCCCAGGAUUAGCUGAAAGUAGACCUUCUCUUUACACAGGUGAUAAACUGAUUUUAAAAACUCAAGAGUACAGCGGACACGUCAUCGAGUACAUCGGCUAUGUGACUGAGAUUCAUGAAGAAGAUGUAACCCUUAAACUUAAUCCAGAGUUUGAACAAGCAUAUAACUCUGAACCUAUGGAUGUGGAAUUUACAUACAACAGGACCACCAGCAGACGGUGUCACUUCGCACUUGAACAAGUUGUCCACUUGGGCGUAAAAGUGUUGUUUCCAGAAGAAAUCAUUUUACAGUCUCCCCAAGUGACAUGGGAUUGGAAACACGCACAAGACAUCAAAAACCACGGACAGCCCACCUCCAAGAAUAGGAAAGCCUUGAAGGACCAAACUAAGCACACCCCAGAGGAGCAGCGAGCGGGUGCCCAGGACACACCAGGGCCAUGGGCGUUCGCCACAGAGACAGGCAGGCUGGUCAGCGGAGCCCCGAAAGCGAGAGAGGAGUUUUUCAACCCCCUGCUGAACGAAAACCAGAAGUUGGCGGUGAGGAGGAUUCUGAGUGGAGACUGCCGCCCGAUCCCCUAUGUGCUCUUUGGGCCUCCUGGGACUGGCAAGACGGUGACCAUCAUAGAGGCUGUUUUACAGGUCUUCCACGCUCUGCCGGACAGUCGGAUCCUGGUGUGCGCACCCUCCAACAGCGCGGCCGACCUUGUGUGCCUGCGGCUGCACGAGAGCCAGGCACUGCGGCUGGGCGCCAUGGUCCGUGUGAACGCCACCUGCAGGUUCAAGGAGAGCGCCACAGAGACCAUCAGGCCGUAUUGCAGAGAUGGGGAAGACAUCUGGAAGGCCUCUCGCUUCAGGGUGGUCAUCACCACGUGCAGCAGCGCGGGACUCUUCUACCAGAUAGGGUUGAGAGUCGGACACUUCACGCACGUGUUUGUGGACGAAGCGGGCCAGGCGAGUGAGCCCGAGUGCCUCAUCCCCCUGGGGCUGGUCUCAGACGUCAGCGGCCAGAUCAUCCUGGCCGGAGACCCCAUGCAGCUCGGACCGGUCAUCAAGUCCAGACUUGCCACGGCCUAUGGGCUGCACGUCUCUAUGCUGGAGAGACUGAUGUCCCGACCAGCGUAUCUGCGAGACGAAGAUGCUUUUGGAGCCUGUGGUGCCUACAACCCCUUGUUGGUGACGAAGCUCGUGAAGAACUACAGGUCCCACUCAGCUCUGCUGGCCCUGCCAUCCAGACUGUUCUACCACCAAGAGCUGGAAGUCUGCGCAGACCCCAGGGUGGUGACCUCCUUGCUGGGCUGGGAGAAGUUACCCAGGAAGGGCUUCCCCCUCAUCUUCCACGGAGUGAGGGGCGAGGAAGCUCGAGAGGGGCGAAGCCCAUCGUGGUUCAACCCUGCCGAGGCCGUCCAGGUCAUGCGCUACUGCUGCCUGCUGGCCAGAAGCAUCUCCAGCCAGGUGUCCGCUGGCGACAUCGGCGUGAUCACGCCUUACCGGAAGCAGGUGGAGAAAAUCAGAAUUCUUUUGCAAAAUGUUGAUCUGAUGGAUAUAAAGGUUGGAUCCGUGGAGGAGUUUCAAGGGCAAGAGUAUCUGGUUAUCAUCAUCUCAACUGUGCGGUCAAAUGAAGACAUAUUUGAAGAUGAUAGAUAUUUUUUGGGAUUCUUGGCCGACUCAAAAAGAUUUAAUGUUGCAAUCACCAGACCCAAAGCCUUGCUGAUUGUGGUGGGAAAUCCUCAUGUUCUUGUCAGGGAUCCGUGUUUCGGGGCUUUGCUGGAGUACAGCAUCACGAAUGGGGUGUACACGGGAUGCAACCUGCCGCCCGAGCUGCAGCCCCUGCAGGAGUGAGCACUGCCGUCUCCUGCCCCUGCGGGCCCUGCCCCUGGGCUGCAGCCACCCUCCACCCGGCCCUGGGAUGACAUUUGGGGUCAGUGCCUCCUUCCUUUCACAGCUUAAUGAGCAAACUUCAGUGCCCCUCGUAAGACCACCCUGGGAAGAGGGGGCUGCCGCCCCCCCCCCCCACGGUGGUCCCUGAGCGUGAGCCUGAGCUGUCAUGGGGACCCCGCUCACUGGACCCCGCAUUUCCAAGUCUGCUGCCAUGGCCGGGUGUGCGGCCGCCCCUCUCUGCCCAGCAGAGCCCCUGCUGAGAAGCAGUGGCCAGAGGCCACGUUCCACACCCCGAGGGACACCAUCUGGGCUGCGGCCUGCCUAGUUUCCAGCCGUGGCCACAGGCCUGAGACCCCUGGUCUGAUGUCUGCUCUCGCUGCUGUCAGCUCCGCACGCAGCCUGUGCCCACCCCUGGGCAGUCUCUGCAGCUGUCACCGAAAUAAAUGCUUGAGUGGGACA